UAGACGUCAGAUGCGCCCCGUAGCAACUGCAAGCAAUUAUCGUUACCGCGCAUUAUUAUAUCCCCAUUAUCCAGUCUCUGACUCAUAUAUAACCUCGUUUUCCUCUCAUACUAUCGUGAUGGUUUGCAUGGCGUCCGAUUAACUGCCCCGAUAGGCUUGGGGGGUGGGAGAUUCAAGCCACGAAUCGCCAGGGCACUCGCUGGUCCUCACUUUCUACUCACUUUCUACCACCUUAUCGACGCCGCCUCACUUUAGACUCACUACCUGUUCACUGCUACUUUGUCCGUUGCUAGGGGCUUGAUCAAAAACUGACUCUUUGUUGAUUUUGUUUUGAAAAGCCUAUCAGACGCCAUUCACUUUUGUUUACCCAUCCGUAUUUACUUCCUAUAUAAGUCGUCGGCUCCCCCGACUCUCAUCCUGCCCAUCAUGUCUUUCCUCAAAUCACUCAGAGAACUCGCGAUCAUGGCCUGCCUUAAGAAUAUCCGGGAUAUCGACAACAUUGGCUUUCUCAGUUAUGAGACUGUCCGCGAAAUUCUUAUCAAGGUGGACAAUCCCGCUCAACUCCGACAGAUUGAACUCAAUUCACCUCAAAUCGAAGGCCAGACUGCAGAGAUAUGGCUGAAGUUCAUUGAGCGCGACUUCCCUUUAGAAUCCAAAACCAAAGCAUACCAGCCAAGGGACCCCAAGAAAUGGUACAAGGUCUGGGAGAAGUACAAGAAUGAACACGACACGGCUCUCCAAGAGAGCGAGAACAAGCUCAAGUCCGCCCUCGCCGGCCUCCGCCAAGAUAAGGAGAAAAACACCAGCAAGAUUGUCAGCGGCAAAGCCCUUCCCAGUUCCGCAAAGUUCGCCAUCAGACGCUACACUGGCCCCCGUGAGGGUAGUUCCAACGCCCUGAUGUUUGGUGGUGGCAGCCGCACAAAGACUGCAAAUGGAGCGAGCGUGAUGCGAAAGGUCCGCCGUGAAGUCAAAGAGAUUGCCAAUAUCCACGGCUCCCUUUCACGGCCCAUCAAAGCUCCGUCGAGGCGCCCCAUCGUCAUGAAAGCCCCAGCGGCCAUGAUCAAUGACCACAAAAGGGCUGCACAGCCAGCAUAUCGACCAGCCCCCAAGGAAAAGGUCUCGCAUCUGGAAGCUGCCCUGGAAGAAUUUGAACGACGAGCCACCUUUGUCUCUGAUUCUGAAGACGACGACGGUGGCAAUGAUGACUACGAUAAUUCGGCCAAAUCAAAGCAACCUACUCCCAAAUCCGCUGCCAAGGCCGCACCAAAGGCACCUACCAGCUCCCUCCAGCGAAAGUUUGGAGGUUUCAAGCCUUCUGUCAAGCCUGCAGUUAUCACCAGAGCACCAGAGUCGAAGCCGUCAAAGGGUCUUUCGAAAGCUUCGUCAAGUCACCUACCCACGACGCGCACCACCCCUCCCAUGGACGAGGGAAGCUCGCCUCAGUCAGUUGAGGAACUUCUGGCAGAUGUGGACGCUCGACACGAGGCCGCGGCAGCCUCCGUCUCAGCUCCUCGCAAACGCAAGGCGGUGGACAUUUUCAUGCGACCCAAGCGGAGAUAGAGUGAAAGGCUGGGGUGUGUUCUUUUCCUUUGUCGUGGGGAUUUGCUGCGUUCUCGCAUUGUCUUUCUUCUUUUGAUACCUGGGGCGAGAUGUACCCAUACCAACCGCAUGGUGAAGGGAGUUUCGGCACGGCCCUCGAGGCUUAGAUAUUUUGGUUUGAAUAAAGGAAUAAUGAUCUUUGUUUUUCAAUUUCUCUUUUGUUUUUUAGGCAGUGACACAGGCAAGAUGGUCGAAUAUCGCCAAACAUGACACAAAACUCUAUGCGAAUUAUUAGAGACAAGUGGAAAAGGGUUCAAGUAGGGAAGGAUUCAGGCAGUGCUUACUAUAACAUAUGUGAUUAAAUCAAUUCAAGGUCUUUUG